AUGUUAAAGCAAGUAAAAGCAGAAAAUCUUAUUCAAGAUUUAAAGAUGAAUCAUUAUACUCAAAUUCUUUCAUCUAAUACAGAUUAUUUGGAUAAUUUUCAUGAAGCUAAUAAUUUAAGACUUAGAGAUCUUAUUAGUUCACUUAAUACAUUUUGUCUUCUCAAUGCUAUGAAGAUUAAUGAAUUUUUUAAUUUUAAUAAUGAAAAG